AUGGCAACCCAGGACUCUUUAUGUCCUGCGUCCUUGGACAAUGCUUUUGGGCCUCGGGUAAACACCUGCCGCAGAGCUUUUGAUUUUACUCAAUUGUUUGAAGAGUCUCUCAUGAGCAUUGUCCCUUCUAUACUCUUUAUAGUCGUCGCAUCGCUCAGGCUAUUAGCACUUCAUCAUGCUAGGAGGAAAGCAUCGCCAGGCGGCACGUUUCAAAUCGCAAAACUGGUUGCCGUUUUAUGCUUCGUUGGAGUACAGAUAACGCUACUGGUUCAAUGGGCACUAGAGUCUGAAGGGCGAACCCGAGUGACGGUACCUGCUGCCGCCCUUGCGGUUGCUAAUUCAUUUAUCAUUGUCGCUCUAUCGUCGUAUGAGCAUACUCAUUCCCUUCGCCCGUCUAUUGUACUAGAAAUCUACCUAUUCUUUACUUUGCUGUUCGACAUCGUCCGCACCAGGACAUUAUGGCUCAUCGACGCCGACCAUACGGCAACAGUCAUCUUCACUUCUUCAGUUGCCUUGAAAGUAGUGGUACUUGGGCUAGAAGCGCGUGAGAAACAAGGUUCUUUCAUCAGACUUAAAGACACUCUCCGAAGUAGAGAAGAAACGAGCGGUGCCUUUGGCCAGGCUCUAUUCUCAUGGCUUAUUCAUUUGAUCAAUACCGGUUAUAGCAAGGUCCUGGCGAUACCCGAUUUGUAUCCACUUGCUCAAGACAUGCAGUCCGAGGACGUUGGUUCUAGGUUUGACCUGUACUGGAUGCAAACUCCUCAGCGUACCACCAAAGAUCUUGUCUUUUCGCUCUUCCAUAGCUUGCGGUGGCAUGUCUUUGCACCAGUAAUGCCGCGGCUUGCUAUGAUUGGAUUCGUAUAUUGCCAGCCUCUGCUCAUCAGUCGUGUUUUGAAUUUCCAAAAAGAGCCAAAAACGCCAGAUAGCAACAACAUUGGCUAUGGAUUGAUUGCAGCCUAUGGGAUUGUGUACAUUGGUCUAGCGUUCGCAACAGCCGGGUACUGGUUCCGCGUACAUAGAGUCACAACAAUGAUUCGAGGUGUCAUCGCAGCAAGAGUCUUCAACAAAGUCAAUGAGCGCAGCAUUAUGAAUGUGGAUGAUUCUGCAGCACUCACACUCAUGAGCUCCGAUGUCGAGAGAAUCAUGAUGGGAUUGAAUGUUAUCCAUGAAACAUGGGCAAAUCUCAUUGAAGCAGGCAUAGUUCUCGCUGUUGCUGCAGGUGCUCUAGCAUCCACGGCAGGUAAUCGACAAAAAGCAUGGAUGGAAGCCAUCGAAAGGAGGAUAAGUGCAACUGCAAACAUGCUCAGCUCUAUGAAAAGUGUUAAAAUGCUCGGCCUUUCCGAGCCACUCCGUGCAGUCAUAAUGAACUUGAGGAGGGAAGAAAUCAAGUCUGCCACUCGAUUUCGCGCUUUACAAAUCAUCCUGUUCACUCUGGCAUACGUUCCGCAGACCUUAUCUCCACUCCUUACAUUCAUUGCCUAUUCCCUUCUUGCGAGGAGCAAAAACAGCCCCACACUCGACGUAUCACGGCUUUUCACAUCACUUUCUAUCUUGCUACUUCUCGCAAAUCAAUUUACGCAACUCUUCCAGUCCGUCCCCUCACUUGUCUCUGCCUUUGCAUGUCUCGGUCGAGUGCGAGUGUUCAUGACAGCAGAAGAUCGCAUUGACAAGAGACGAGGACACUCACUUCUUCCUCCCAUGCACAAAAGCACUAUAUCUCUGGCUUCGCAUAUCCCUGGACUUGAUGAAAAAGCCAGUUAUCCCACCAUACCGGAAUCGGCAGAACCACCCCCCUAUGGGACAAAUUGUGAUACGGUAGUAUUUCGAGACGCAAGCUUUAGUUGGAAUGAACUUGGCAAUCCGGCGCUGCGAAAUCUCAACGUGAAAAUAAAAUCCGAUCAGCUUACUAUGAUCGUCGGACCUGUCGCAAGUGGGAAGUCGACCAUGCUCAAGGCUAUUCUGGGAGAGCUCAAACCUACACUUGGCACAGUGGCUAUUGCAUCUAAAAAAAUUGCAUACUGCGAUCAAAGCCCAUGGCUUAGAAAUACAACAAUUCGAGAAAACAUUGUUGGUUUUGCAUCUUUCGACGAGACUUGGUAUCGCUCUGUGGUAAGGGAUUGCAGUUUGGAGGCAGAUUUUCUACAGCUUCCUAAUGGCGAUCAAACUCCUGUUGGGAGCGGCGGCAUCACUCUUAGUGGUGGGCAAAAGGAGCGAGUGGCUAUUGCACGAGCAAUAUAUGCCAGACAGAGCAUUGCGCUAUUCGAUGACGUGAUGAGUGGGAUGGAUGCAACGACAGCUCGAUCGGUUUUCACAAGUUGUUUCGGCAACGAAGGACUCCUUCGGCGGAGACAAACUACCAUAAUUUUUGCAACCCAUGCAGCACACUUCCUCCCAGAGGCAGAUCACAUAAUUGUGCUGAACCGCUCAGGUCAAAUCGUUGAGCAAGGCACGUUUGAGGAACUGAGGUGGCGGAAAGGCAGCUAUGUUCAGAAGCUUUCUGUCGCUCAUGGAUACACGGCGAGCACCGACUCGAUCGAUGAGAUACGAUCCGUAGGAUCAGUAUCAAGUUUAUCUUCUGUCGCUAAUGGUGUGAAGAAGGAUACAAUGCAUCUCGAACGUAUCGCUCCGCCACCAAGUAGACAAUUGGGCGACAAACGAGUAUAUCUGCACUAUUUCGAAGCUACAGGUUUCGUCAAUGCAGUCCUCUUCUUUGUCUACGAGCUUUUAUUCGUUGCCUUGGAGUACUUCCCUACCGUGUGGUUGAGCUGGUGGUCCGAAUCCAACACACGAGAGGGCAACAAAGAUUUAGGCUACUACCUCGGAGUCUACGGUGGUCUUCAAGUAGCAUUCUUGCUAGCGCUUUUCCUCGGCGCCAGACAUGUCGCGAAUGUUAUGGUCGUUACAUCUGGAAAGCGCCUGCAUGAGCAGCUUCUCCAGGCUGUCAUCAAAGCACCCAUGGCCUUUUUCAGUGUCACAGACACGGGCAUUACACUCAAUCGCUUCAGUCAAGAUCUCCAGCUUAUUGACGCGGAGUUGCCCAUCGCAUUACUUUUGUUUGGUGCCAACGCACUUGGUGCAGUCGCAUUAGCAGUUUUGGUCCUCGUUGCCUCGCACUAUGUUGGCCUUGCAUUCGUCGUCGUCUUCAUUGUGCUAUGGCUAGUUCAAAGAUACUACUUGCGAACAUCCAGGCAGCUACGAUUUCUUGAUCUUGAGGCCAAGAGCCCCCUCUACUCGUUAUUUCUUGAGGCUCUCGAAGGUCGAGCGACCAUCCGAGCAUUCCACUGGCAAGACAAGUUCAGACAAGAGUACACCAAUGCCCUCGAUGCAUCACAGAGACCAUUGUACCUUCUUUACAGCGUACAACAGUGGCUAACACUUGUUUUGGGACUGAUCGCCGCAGCUGUGGCAGUGAUCCUCGUCGCGUUGAUGGUCCAACUACGUGACUCGACCACUAGUGCUGGCUUAGGUGGAGUAGCACUUGUGAAUAUGAUCCAGUUAUCGUCCACACUAAUGUCGGUCGUCAUUGUCUGGACUAAGCUUGAAACAUCUAUCGGUGCUGUGGCAAGAGUUCACCAGUUCUCUGCUGAAACUCCCAGGGAGCCAGAGCCAGAAGAGUCUAUGCCACCCCCCGAAGACUGGCCGGCGAGAGGCGCUCUGGAAUUUAAGAAUGUGACUGCAUCAUACAAAGCCGAUGCACCUCCUGCAUUACAAGGGGUCACUCUAUCCAUUGCACCAGGAGAGAAGGUUGGUAUCUGUGGCCGCAGCGGAAGCGGCAAGUCCUCCCUAGUAGCCACUCUCUUCCGCCUCCUCGACCCGUCCUCCGGCAGCAUCACAAUCGACAACCUCGACCUCUCGGGCCUCUCCCCCGACCUCAUCCGCCAACGUCUGACCUGCCUCCCGCAAGAACCUUACUUCGCACCUGGCACCGUCCGCUUCAACGCCGAUCCCCUCGGCGCAUGCACAGACGAGCAAAUCCAAUCUACGCUCGCUGAACUCAACAUCUGGGAUUCCAUUCUCGUUCACACGGACGGCCUAUCCAGCCUCAUGGAAGCCGAUCUCCUCUCUCACGGUCAACGCCAACUCUUCUGCCUCGCACGUGCAUUGCUUCGAUUCCCUUGUCGCGGAGUCGUGGUGCUAGAUGAGGCAACCUCGAGCGUGGACGUGGAAACGGACGCGUUGAUGCAGCGGGUGAUCCGGACGAAGUUUAAGAACCAGACGUUGAUUGUGGUAGCGCAUCGGCUGCAUACUAUUUUGGAUUUUGACAAGGUGGCGGUGUUCGACAAGGGUGUUCUGGUGGAGUUUGCGAACCCCGUGGAACUUUUGGCUAGGGGUGGGUCGGCAUUCGGUGAGUUAUAUGGGGAUGGGAGUGGGAGUGAAGGGACAAGUUGA